CGCGCACACAUGAGCGCUGCUCUUUUCAUUGCAGGAGUGAAAUUGAGUUUACACCUGCGAUGGUUUCCAUGUAAAGGGUGCAACAGAUGUCCAAAUAGACCACCGCGAGCUGUCAUCCGGGCCCGGGUCGAUUCUGUUUCCCUGUGGAUCAGCUGGACGCAAAAUCAUCAUCCUGCAGUGCCUGAGGCUUUGUCACUCCACCCCGCCCCCUGUCGUCAUGGCGCCCAAGGACAUCAUGACCAAUUCUCAUGCCAAAUCCAUCUUGAAUGCCAUGAACGCCCUGAGAAAGAGCAACACGCUGUGUGACAUCACUCUGAGGGUGGAGGGCACAGAUUUUCCUGCCCACCGCAUUGUGUUGGCGGCGUGCAGUGAUUAUUUCUGCGCCAUGUUCACCAGUGAGCUUGCUGAAAAAGGGAAGUCCUUUGUGGACAUUCAGGGCCUCACAGCGUCCACUAUGGAGAUCCUGCUGGAUUUCGUUUACACAGAGACGGUGCUGGUUACAGUAGAAAAUGUUCAGGAGCUGCUGCCCGCUGCCUGUCUCCUGCAGCUUAAAGGUGUGAAGAGAGCGUGCUGUGAUUUUCUUAAUAGUCAGUUGGAUCCGUCAAACUGUCUGGGAAUCAGAGACUUUGCAGAAACGCACAACUGUCUGGACUUGAUGCAGGCUGCUGAGCUCUUCUCACAGAAACAUUUUGCUGAGGUGGUACAACAGGAAGAGUUCAUGCUGCUCAGUCAGAGUGAAGUAGAAAAACUCAUCAAGUGUGAUGAGAUCCAGGUUGAUUCAGAGGAGCCGGUAUUUGAGGCUGUUUUGAACUGGGUGAAGCACAACAGAAAGGAGAGAGAGCCGUACCUGCCUGAUCUGCUGGAAUAUGUGCGCAUGCCCCUGCUCACCCCUCGAUACAUCACUGAUGUCAUUGACGCAGAGCCGUUGAUACGCUGUAGUCUGCCUUGCCGAGAUUUGGUGGAUGAAGCAAAGAAGUUUCAUCUUCGUCCAGAGUUACGAAGCGAGAUGCAGAGUCCUCGAACCCAAGCAAGACUCGGUGCCAAAGAGGUUCUGUUGGUUAUCGGAGGAUUUGGCAGCCAGCAGUCUCCUAUUGAUAUUGUCGAGAAGUACGAUCCCAAAACCCGAGAGUGGAGCUUUCUUCCAAACAUUGCAAGAAAGCGGCGCUACGUCGCCACUGUUGCUCUGAACGAUCGCGUUUAUGUUAUCGGCGGGUAUGAUGGCCGAUCGAGGUUGAGUUCAGUUGAGUGUUUGGACUACACGGCUGAUGAAGAUGGAGUCUGGUAUUCUGUAGCCACAAUGAAUGUACGCCGAGGCCUUGCAGGAGCUACAACACUCGGAGAUAUGAUCUAUGUUGCGGGUGGAUUCGAUGGAAGUCGACGUCAUACUAGCAUGGAGCGUUACGACCCCAAUAUUGAUCAGUGGAGCAUGCUAGGAGAUAUGCAGACUGCCAGGGAGGGAGCGGGACUUGUUGUGGCCAGUGGACUCAUUUACUGUUUAGGUGGUUAUGAUGGCCUGAACAUCCUAAAUUCUGUAGAGCGGUAUGACCCUCACACAGGACACUGGACCAGCGUCACUCCCAUGGCAAACAAACGCUCAGGGGCUGGUGUGGCUUUGCUGAAUGAUCACAUAUAUGUUGUUGGAGGGUUUGACGGCACAGCGCAUCUGUCUUCAGUAGAGGUCUACAACAUCCGCACAGACUAUUGGACCACAGUGGCUAAUAUGACCACACCACGCUGCUAUGUAGGGGCCACAGUCUUGAGGGGCCGACUUUACGCCAUUGCAGGAUAUGAUGGGAACUCACUACUCAGCAGCAUUGAAUGUUACGACCCCGUGAUUGACAGCUGGGAAGUGGUGACGUCAAUGGCAACACAGCGCUGUGACGCAGGCGUUUGUGUGCUCAGAGAAAAAUGAGCUGAGGGAACCACUCUGACAGACACUUUAUAAUGACUUCUGGAUGCUGGAAUCUGCUCUCCACUGCUAAGCAGAGCAUUGAAUUCAGCUUUUUUUAUGACUCUAUCCGUUUUGUUGCCAUCUGAGAUCUCAGUUCUUGUUUUUCCUUCAGAGGGAGAAUAACAUUUCACGAUACAGUCAACAUGUGGGUUUCACCACCAUGUUUUGGUCUUCAAACAGAGUCUGUGAUCUUUGGUUAAAAUGUGAAAUUCACUCGGUUGGGUCCUCUAAAGUGCAAUAUGAUAAUCUACUGGUGUCAAAAUGUCUCGGAGAAGAGACAGAUAUGUGUAUGCCUUACUGCCUAAGUGACUGAAUGCUUCCUGAAGGAGGGAAUUUUGCCGGAUUCAUCAGGAUGUGAAAACAGCGGUGCUUUGUGUAAUCUGUUUCAAUCCUAUCUGUAACAUCGGUCAUCGUCAUCAUCAUCUGGUUGCUCGGCUCCUCUUAUUGACUCGACCCUUUAUCAACGUGCCUGAUGCACCAGGCAUUUUUCCAUCAUGUAUAGAAGCUUCAGAGAUAUCAAGAAGCCAGUGUGCUGGUGUUUUUAGUCGUGUGAAGCCGACUGCACGGGUGAAUAUAGCUGUGCUUUCAGUGAAAACUUGUUCAAUACUGGAAACUGACCCAAUAAUAUGAAUGAAAGGUGACUUGCAUGGCCGAUGUUCAGCAGUAUAUCAUUGAUGUGAUAUGCAGUUUUCACAGUGUGACUAUGAUGAUAAAGACAAUAAAGGAAAAGUCUGUUUAUCAUGUUACAAAGUUAAA